UCAUCAUAAAUAGCCAUCUCCGUUGCUCCAUCGGGAAGUCGGUCGUUUCCAUCCGAAAUAUACACAAGUCGUCGACGAAUUACCAGCGGUCGCCGAGUUCAAGCGUGCGUCGUCCCAUUGUCACUACCGUUGCACAUGCCCGCCCAAAACCCUCGAAUUCGGAUAAACCUGCGCAACCCUCUUGCCCCCAUUUCCCAAUCCCUCCCCUUUGAAACCCUAGAAUCUCCGAUGCCCUCGCAUAAUCCCCUCCUCUCCACCUCAAUAUCCGGCGCUAGGGCUUCCCCCUUCUCUCCUUGCCGCGCCGCGGUCACGUCCCUCUCCCGACCUCGGCAGGGUUCAUUUCCCCUUCGGAUCCAGCUCAAUCCCCUCCAUUUCGGGAGGAAAACCCUAAUUGGAGCUCCACUCCGUCGAUCCCUCGUCGUCUCCCUGAAGCUCGAUGAGAAUAGGGAUGGCGGAGCCCCUUCGGGGGACGACUUUGUCACUAGGGUUCUGAGGGAGAACCCUACCCAGGUGGAACCCAAGUUCUUAGUUGGCGAUCGACUUCUCACGCUGAGGGAGAAGCAGCUUUCCACUAAAGCUUCGGAUUUUAGCUUAAAGCAGUUCGUGAAGCGCUUGUUGGGUGAGUCCUUCACUAAGAAGGAGGGAGAUGAGGGUGGUGGUGGGAGUAAGCGAGGGGAUGGAUCGAAACCGGUGCAUCUAAAUGAUAUUUUGAGGGAGUUUAAGGGCAAGCUCUAUGUUCCUGAGGAGGUGUUCAAGGAGAACUUGUCUGAAGAAGAAGAAUUCGAGAGGAACUUAAAGGAGCUUCCUUUGAUGAGCUUUGAGGAUUUUCAGAAGCAUUUGAAGGCUGGAAAGGUGAAGCUUUUGACGUCGAAAUCGACCGCCGGGAGUCCUCUUGAAAUUGGGUACAGGGAUUUUAUUGUCGACUUGGAGGAGAUCCCUGGAGACAAAAGUAUACAGAAGACCAAAUGGGCGAUUAGGUUAAGUGCAAGUCAGGUGCAGACGGUCAUGGAGGAGUACAAAGGGCAACAAUACGAGAUUGAGAGGCAUACAAUGUCUUAUGUUGGCAAAUUACCUGAAUACCCACAUCCGGUGGCAUCUUCUAUCUCAAGCAGAAUGAUGGUCGAACUUGGGAUGGUAACAGCGCUAAUAGCUGCAGCAGCGGCAGUGAUUGCUGGCUUCAUGGCUUCUGCAGCUUUUGCUGUAACCAGCUUUCUAUAUGCUGCUACCAUAUAUGUUGUGUGGCCUAUCGCCAGACCGCUUCUUAAACUUGUGCUUGGUAUAAUAUCAAAUAUCGGAGAAAGGAUCUGGGAUUAUAUUAUUGAUAUUUUCAGUGAUGGAGGGAUCUUCUCAAAAAUGUACGAGUUUUACACCUUUGGUGGUGUGUCUGCUAGUCUUGAGAUGCUGAAACCGAUAAUGCUUGUUUUUGUCACCAUGGUUCUUCUAGUUCGAUUUACUUUGUCAAGAAGACCAAAGAACUUCAGAAAAUGGGACAUAUGGCAAGGAAUAGAAUUUGGUCAAUCCAAGCCGCAGGCACGAGUUGAUGGCUCUACAGGGGUGAAAUUUAGUGACGUUGCUGGGAUUGAUGAAGCAGUGGAAGAACUCCUGGAGUUGGUCAGAUACUUGAAAAACCCAGAAUUGUUUGAUAAGAUGGGAAUCAAGCCUCCACAUGGCGUUCUUUUGGAAGGACCUCCUGGAUGCGGGAAGACCCUUGUUGCAAAGGCUAUUGCUGGUGAAGCUGGUGUGCCAUUUUAUCAAAUGGCUGGUUCUGAGUUUGUUGAAGUUUUAGUUGGUGUUGGUUCUGCUAGAAUCAGAGAUCUGUUCAAGAGAGCAAAGGUAAACAAACCAUCUGUUGUGUUUAUUGAUGAAAUUGAUGCCUUGGCUACUAGACGCCAAGGGAUUUUCAGCGAGUCUACCAACUACCUCUAUAAUGCUGCAACACAAGAGAGAGAAACUACACUGAACCAGCUUUUAAUCGAGCUUGAUGGUUUUGAUACUGGAAAGGGCGUUAUAUUCUUGGGUGCAACUAACCGAAUGGAUUUGUUAGAUCCAGCACUUCUUCGACCUGGUCGAUUUGACCGCAAGAUAAGAAUUCGUCCUCCAGGGGUGAAAGGACGAUUAGACAUUUUGAAAGUCCAUGCUCGCAAAGUCAAAAUGUCGCCUUCAGUUGAUCUAUCAGCAUAUGCCCAAAAUUUGCCAGGUUGGACGGGAGCUAAAUUGGCACAACUGAUCCAAGAGUCUGCUUUAGUAGCCGUGAGGAAGGGGCAUGAUUCGAUUCUUCAGUCAGACAUGGAUGAUGCUGUCGAUCGCCUAACGGUGGGGCCCAAGCGAUUGGGAAUUGAGUUAGGGCAUCAAGGGCAAUGUCGACGGGCCGUUACUGAGGUUGGACUUGCAGUAACAUCCCAUUUGCUGAGACGGCAUGAGAACGCAAAAGUUGAAUUCUGCGAACGAAUAUCAAUUGUCCCUCGUGGCCAGACGCUCUCGCAAAUAGUAUUCCACCAUCUCGACGAAGAGUCAUACAUGUUUGAAAGGCGACCCCAAUUGCUACAUCGCCUUCAGGUACUACUAGGAGGCAGAGCUGCUGAAGAAGUUAUUUUUGGACGUGACACAUCAAAAGCAUCUCUAAAAUAUCUUGAAGACGCCACAUGCCUUGCUCGGAAAAUGUUAUGCAUCUGGAACUUGGAGAAUCCUAUGACGAUACAUGGGGAGCCCUUUCCUUGGAGAAAGAAACCUAGUUUUGUGGGCCCACGCUUAGAUUUUGAAGGAUCGCUAUACGACGAUUACGGCCUUGUCGAACCUCCAAUUAAUUUUGACUUGGAUGAUCAAGUUGCUCAGAGAACUGAGGAACUGAUGAGAGAGAUGUAUGGUAAAACAAUGUCAAUGUUGAAAAGGCAUGUCGCUGCUCUUUUAAAAACUGUAAAGGUUCUGUUGGACAACAAGGAGAUUAGUGGAGAACAAAUUGAGUUCAUUCUAAAUAGCUACCCUGCAGAUACUCCUAUAAAGCUUGUACUAGAAGAGAAAGAUCCAGGAAGCUUGCCAUUUUUCGAUGUCGAUGGGGAUCAAAAUAUGGCCUUUUCCCCUCUUCUUCCUCUAAAAGAAGCAGCUAGUGACAUUGCUGGCUCAUAACUACUAACUGCUUAACCUCUUACUCAAAAGUGGCAUGACCACGCAACCGCAGCAAGGUAAAUUUGGACUCUCAAGUUUCAUCUUUAGCCCAUUGCAAUACCUGAGAAUUUGGGUUUCUUUAGUGCGAGAAAGGAAUGUGUAGCAAAAGCUGCUAAGCAUAUCCUUUUGCUCCAAUCAACAUUUCUCGACAAUAUCAUUUGGCUCGGUCGGACUUUUCCACCGCCUACUCCGCCAGUUUGUGAUCGGGUGUAACUACUUGAAUCGAGGCAUUUUCUCUGCUGAAUAAUGUAUAUGCUGAUAUGCACUUUGGUUUCAACCGAUGGACGAGCGUUUUGUCGUCGAAGAGGUACGAAUGAUAAAAUAGUUAGAAGUAGUCUGUUUCUCUGUUACAUGAAAGGUUAUGCCGACUCGCUUACCGUAGAAACCCUAAUUCAGGGAAGCUCUGACGGUUUUCUAUUUUAUUGAUUUCCGUUCUUGAUAAUUGAGUCACCAGUGAAUUAAAAUCAGAGAGUGGUGUUCCUGGCAUGCCUGUUUUCUCUCUCUCUCGUUGCUUUUGUAAGUUAUUUGUGGGCUUUGUUUAAUGUGAACUAAAGAAUGAGGACCACUAACUGAGAUGUAUCUAUUAAUGCUUAAUAACCUAAUUGUUGACUUUAAAGUUAAAUAAGUCGGAAGAUAUAAGUGGGGGAAAAAAAAAAAAAAAAGAGAGUAAAAGCUGAUAAGAUUCUCCUUUUGUUCUUGGAAGCUGAGCAUGAAUUUGAUGUAUGCCCAUAUCAUGCUGAAACUGCUAGAGAGGUAGCAGAUACAUGAAUUGGAGCCAGUUUAAUGUAUUAAUGCGUGGUAUUUGAUAUUGAUUACUGAGUGUACAAAUUAUACCUUUAUUUUUUCUUUUAUUAUCUGGAAACUUUUUUGAGUGCCCAAA